AUGCAGCAAGAGUACGUGGAUGAAGGCAUUCCGUUGACGCUGGUGACAUUUGAGGACAAUCAGCCGAUCUUGGACCUGAUUGAGGGUCGAAUGGGUAUCGUCAGCAGCUGA